CGUUACACAUGACGGGCCUUCUGCCUCUAACCGAAGUCCAGAGUCCGCGAGAGUCUCCGAGCCUCCGAAAUGGACGCGCUUGGCCGGAGCAAGAGGGCCGCUCUCCUGAUCGGCGCGGCCGGCAUCGCGGCCCUGGGACUCGGGCUCGGCUACAGAUACCUGCGAAAGGCGGAAAAAGUUGUUCGCGUGGGCGUAGUGUCGCAGCUGCUCGUCCACCCGCUCAAGUCCGGCAAGGCGGUGUCCGUGGCUCUCGCGCAAUGCGAGAGGGUCGGUCUGAAGUCCGGAGAGAUGCGGGAUCGACACUGGCUGGUGGUGACAGAGGACGGUCACAUGGUGACGGGCAGACAGGAGCCUCGUCUGGUGUUGGUGUCUCUGACCUGCGAGGGGGGUCAGGUUUGUUUGAACGGACCGAAUAUGGAGGAGCUGAGGUUCCCCGUCAGACAGCCCGACAGGCCAAUCAUCGACUGCAGAGUGUUUGGCGCUGACAUUCAGGGCCGGGACUGUGGCGACGAAGCGUCCCACUGGCUCAUUCGUUAUCUGGGGGCAGAGAAAGCCUUUCGCUUGGUGCACUUCGAGCCUCAGAUGAGGGCCAGGCGGCCGGUGGAGAGCGAGCCUCUUUUCCCGCAACACGAGCGAGUGGCGUACCCCGAUAUCGGACCUGUGAUGCUGCUGUCGGAGGCCUCUGUCAAGGACCUCAGCAGCAAGCUGGAGAAGGACGUCACGGUGGACCGUUUCCGCCCAAACAUCGUGAUAAGUGACUGCGAGGCGUUCGCUGAGGAUUCAUGGGAAGAGCUCCAGAUUGGCAGCGUGCGACUGCAACGUGUAAUGUCAUGUGGAAGAUGUAUUUUCACCACAGUUGACCCUGAAACUGGUAUAAUCAACAGAAAAGAGCCUCUGGAAACACUGAAAAGCUAUCGUCUGUGCAAACCGUCCGAGAAGCACAUCUACAAAUCGUCUCCGUUGUUCGGGCAGCUGCACACCGUGAAGGAGACGGGGAUCCUGCAGGUCGGCGAUGUGGCGUACAAGAUCAGCCGUUGAUAGAGGGAGGCAGUGAGGGGAAAACAUGGUGUCACUAGCAAGUGUUACUAGCACGGUCACUGUAUGAUCACUGUCUACAUCCACACUGAAGAAAGCACUUAAAGAGAUGUAGUGUGCACAAAUAAUGAAGGAAAAAGCAUAAAAAACAAGAACGUAACAAGAAAUAUCGCUGUUUAAGGAUGAGGCACAGAGACCAAUGCAGUUCAAAAUACACCAAUAAUCAAAUUUAUAUAUAUAUAUAUAUAUAUACUGGAUUGUAUUCCUUGUCAUUUCACUCGGCUGCAUCUAUGUCAGGUGGGCUGUUGUGUAACACAAAUGGAACCCGAAUUAAACACAUUUCUAACAACUGCACAUUAAGUUCCCUGGUUAUUAAAUCCUGAAAGUGAACCCAGCCAUUAAAUAGAGAAAUGAAAUUGCCUGAAGUCUUUGCAGGAAAGUACUUUACGUG